CUUGACCUGGCAGUAAGGGCAGACAACAAUAUGGCGGGUGGGUUAGCCGGGUCCGAUAUCAUGAGGCUGCAGAACAGCCUUAUUGAUCUGAUGUUGGUGGCGGGUCUGGAUGAGAACUCGGGACUUAUACCUGAGCAAUCAGGGAUGGACGCAGAGAUGAUCCUGGAGAACCUGUUCGAGAUGAAGUUUGAACCUCAGGUCCUGUCUGCCGUGUCCUCCAAUACAAUGAUGUAUUUCUUCCCACAUCCAAGGCAGGACUUUGAGUACCCUCUCUUUCAGCCUGAUACGAAACUUGACACAAAGCAGUACCAUUUUCUGAAGUCACCCAGUGUCUUCAACACACUGGACUCCAUCCCAAAGAGCAAGUUCAACAAAGCUAUGCACCAGUCACGUAUGACACUCAGGAGUACCUCUGUGACCCCAGGGGCCAUAAGCAGACAUAUGUCUAUCCGGCGUCCAAUUACAAAGAAAUCUAUUUACUGUAGCCCCCUUCUCAACAAUCAACAGUUUCCCGUUCCAGAUGAGGUCAUCAAGUCCAUCCAAUACUUCUGCUUCCCAGAUGACCUACGAAUCACAAAACACAAAGCUGACACCUUGACCCACUUCUUAGUUUUGACAGAUAUCCAUGGCAACAAGACUUAUGCCACCUGUAUAACGUUCUAUAGACCUUACUUACUGGAGAAGGAGUAUGAUGGAAGCUUAAUUCCUCACUUGGAUCUAUCAGGCGACAGUUCAACAACUACUUCAGAAAAUGUCCGCUGCUUCAUUCCCGUCUGUUGUGUCCUUAUUUCUAAAUACCCCUACUUUGAGACCAUGAAGGAAUGUCUGUCCCAUAUGGUUCACCUGAUAGAGACAGGACCAGAGGACAUGUACACCCACAUCAAACUGUUCUCCCAUAAACUAACAAUGACUCCAGUACCCCCCGCUGGAAGGGUGGCUAUAGAAUUUGGUAUCCAGGAAGUGUCAUUCAUCAUAAGGCCCUCCCAGGAGGCGGAGAAACAAGUGAUUGACAUUCCACUGUACCUUCCCUUCCUUAUCUUCCCACCAGAGGAAAUCCUCAGGAUAAUAUCAUCUAUCCUGGUGGAGCAUCGUAUUGUGUUCAUCGCCUCUAAUUAUGCCUUACUUACAGUGGUCAUGGAGAGCUUUCUAAACUUUAUCCUACCAUUUGAGUGGAAGUACACGUAUGUACCAAUAUUGUCCAGUAAAUCUAUAGAACUGCUGGAUGCUCCAGGGACAUUUAUGAUGGGCUGUCACUCCAAAUACAAGGAGCAAGUCAAUCAGGUGGGAGGUUUAGUAGUCGUAGAUAUAGAUGAGGGGUCACUGAGUAUAAACCCUGAAUUAGCAGAAGACUCGAGAUCUUCCAUUUCUGUAGACAGUGAUAGUAUCGAGGACUUGCUAGAUAUCCCAGAAAUCCCUGAGGGUGCCGCCCAACUCUUCAUCAAAGUCUGCCGCAAAGCCAAGUUCCAAUUUGACCUUGUUGAUACACAAAGACCAAGUCAUUUUGAUGUAAAAGCAGAGCGAGCUUACAGAAGAAGAAAAAUCCAGACUUUGAAUGAACUCAUUGUUGCUGGAUGUUUAGAACUCAUGGUUAAUCUGUUUAGGAGUGUGGUGACGGAAACUCGUGUAGAAUUUAAAAGAUUUAACAAACAAGCUUAUUUAGAUUCGAAAUCUGGAUCAGAGAAAAGCUUUUAUGAGCAAGUUUUGAAGACAAGCAUGUUUAAAAAGUUUCUGAAAGAUCGCAUUAAUGAUAAAACAGACUACUGGGUCAAACUAGAGGUGAAAACGAGGCCGCAGGCCAAAAUCUCAGAAAGUGGACCCAGCGUUCCAAGCAGACGUCCACAGUUACGGAAGCAGAAUUCUAUUGCUAUCAUUCCUGUGAAUGCUCAUUUCUCCCAGACUUCCCCAGUACUACGGAUGCCAGACAUCGGCAAUCGUGUGAUUGAUUACCUGAAGGACUCAAUCAGACUUCUGACCUCUGCUGUACAGAAAAGCCAACAUUUCCAGGAGCGAGCCUCCUACAUCUACCUACUGGGAAUGUUUAACCUGGCCUGUAACAAGCUGACUCUGGCUUUGGAGAACUUUAUUUCACUAGCAUCCAUUGAUACCCAGAUCUUACCAAAGCAAGUGGUUAAACAGAUUUGUCAACAGCUGGAGGAUUCAGAGUUACAGAAGCUGAUGGCUAAGCCAGGAUUUCACGCCCUACCAGAAAUAGUGGGGUCAACAGUUACAGAGACUGUCUACCACAAUCACAGGAAGUUUGAGGAAUCUAUCAAUCUCCCCCAAAAAGAUCUCUAUUAUGAUGAAUUUGUGGAGUGUGUCUCUAUGCUGGAGAUGACCAGUGACACAGACACAAUAGGCCGAUUAUUCCGAGCUCUCACUCCCUCACAAAUCCACCAAAACUUCAUUGAUCAGGAAACCUUUGCCUCCUUUACCCACUGCUGGAAAGAAAACAAUAAACAAUGUUUGAGUCUAAACAUUAAUGAUGACGACCUCCUGGAAGCAGAGUGUGUCCUCAAAAUGUCCUCAUUAUGUAAAACAGAUUAUGGAACAGGGAGAGUGGCCCUCACAGACAGAAGACUUUGUUUUGUGAAAGACAUCUCCACUGAAAUGAAGGAAAUUAUGCGACUGAGUAAAAUAGAAGAACUGGAGAAGAAGUCAAUGUUUUCAUUCCUAAAGCAGGUCAAGGUUCUAAGGAUCAAAAACAAAGAUGGGAGUAAAUUUACUGCUUGGCUGAAGGAAGAGAGGGAUGAUUUUUGUCUGUUGAUUGAGGAGAUGUGGGCAGGAAAAAUUGUGUGUGAGUCCACAAAGGACAUCCAUGCCAUUCAGAAGGCGGCCCAGAAUGUGCUACUGGUGGACGCACUGCUACAGAGUGGUCUUGAUGAGGAAACAGCACACCAUAGCAACCGAGAGGAGGCGGCCAGACAGCUGUGUUUUUACAGGAAGUACAGAGAGGAGGGUCACCAUAAUGUCCCCCAGGAAACAAAGGAGGUGUUACAAAACCGUAUCGACCCAAACUAUGGUGAACGAGAGAGAAAGACUGUACAUGCUCUUCUGUAUACCCCAGGAGUACCUGAGCACUCUAUUUCCCCACGCUUAUGGGUUGGGCUUGGAGAUGGGAAGAUUAAGGUUUACAAUGCCUCCCACUGGCUUCUGGAGUCCGAGUUUGUCCAGACAAAGCAAAGUGUGCAAACCUGCAGAAAAAAGUUGGAGGUCCAGGGCUGUACAUGUCUAGUGGCAGUGGACAGAAGGCAUGUAUGGGCGGGCUCGUACGGAAUAUUUAUCAUUGACAUUGAGACAAUUCGAAGUAAUAAGACUCUGAUGGAUCAUCAAGAAAUUGUCAUGGAUAUUGUCUCCGUAGACAAUGGAAGGUAUGCUUUUACUGCUAGUAUAGAUGGGAUAAUAAUGAAAUGGGAUGUGCAGAAACUGAUACAGGCCCAGCCCCCAAUAAGACUGGAGAAUAUACGAGAUCUACGCAGCAUCAAGUAUUUUAAGGAACACAUCUGGUGUGGAACCUGGCAUAGAAUUCUUAGAGUCAAUGGGAGUGGUCAUAUUCUUCAGGAACUUGAGUUCUCAGUGGAGGAUCCAAAGUCUCGCCCGGUGGAGAUGGACUGUUUUCUAAUUGUAAAGGCAGAAUUUGCAGAUGAGAAAGAUGAGAUUUGGGCAGGGUGUAGGAGAGAGGGAGAGAUUGUAAUCUGGGAAGUGGAUGGAAAAGAACCAUCGCACAGAAUCAAAUUGGAUUGUCGAGGAAUCAGUGACAUGGUCAUCCAAGACAGAAGGGUUUGGGCAGGAUCCAAAGAUGGCAGAAUUUUCAUAAUAAAUUCUGAAUCAAAGAGAGCCUUCAGAACACUGCAGGCCCAUGAUGAUGCAGUUCGCUCCCUUUGUAAUGCGGAAAAUCGCUAUAUUCUAAGUGGUUCUGGCAGCAACGAUGGAAAGAUUGCAAUAUGGACACCUAAUGAUACCCGCUCUGAGUCAGGAACAUACCUAGGAAUUUAGAAAUCUGUAGAAUAGUAUCAAGUAAAAUAUCAUCAUCUGGUUGUUUUUACCAUGAGAGAUCUUACUUGUAUGAGCUGUACAUUAAACUGAGUACUAGAAGAGGUCCCUCAGUGGUGCCCUGAAUUCAUCAUUCAUCAUUAUCCUAUGACC